CCUCUCCAUCUUCUACGUAGUGCCCGCGCACAACAGAAGCAGUUUGUGUAUCUAAUUUAGUCAGAAGAAAAAAAUGUAUCUAAAAAUAAACACUACAUCUUGCUAAAAUGCUUGGUACUUGUGGUAAAAAUUGCCGCUUUACAAACGACAAACUCUACGUACGUUAAUUGGCCACGUCAGUGCUUUUCUGGGAGUAAAAUUUUCGCCAACACCUGGCCACCUACGAACGACGCAUCCGACCAAUCAAAGGAGGCGCAUAUUCCGUAUAGUUUCGGGUUUUUUUUCGACUCGAUGAGGACAAAUUGAGAGUAAAAGGGGAAAAGUUUAGAGUUUGAAAAGUAAAAAGCCUACAAAAUGCAAAUUCCCUACAUGAAAGUGGCGAUCUACUCGCUUACGUUUCUAACGUACGCGUACACCGGCUACGGUUCGAACAUGAUAGCGAAUCUGCGCGAUGCCAUCAUAGCGGCGGAAGCCGUCUUUGGAGACGUGAUGAAGAACGUGUUGCAUGUGGCGAAAAAGUUCAAAGUCGUCCACGAAGUGUUUGAUGCGGCGGUCGAGGAAAACUGUGUGUACAAAUGUCCUGGCGACAUAACACCCGCACGGAACAAAUUCUACAUACCCCAGUCGGACGGAUGCGGAUCGCUGGGGAUGAAGAUUAGCACCGAGUACCUGCCGGCGGUAGAAAUGGAACAGUGCUGCAAUGCUCACGACAUCUGCUACGACACGUGCAACAGCGAUAAGGAGCUGUGCGACUUGGAUUUUAAACGCUGCCUGUAUCGAUACUGCGAUGAUUACGAAAAGAAUGUUGUAGGUGAUAUUGUGGUUAAAGGUUGUAAAGCGGCUGCAAAGAUGCUCUUCACUGGUACGCUUACCUUGGGCUGUAAAUCAUACCUAGACUCGCAGCAACGGUGCUGCUACUGUCCACCGGAAAAGACCGGAGAGGGCACCAAACCGGAGGAACCGAACCGUAAAUACACCGAUAGUCCAAAAGGCACGAAGGACUAUGGUAAGGAUAGGGAUAAAGGAAGUAAGGAUAAGAACAAAUACGGCUGGAAGGAGCUGUAGACAGGGAUCGGAUGGUAAAACUCAUCUCCGAACAAACCCCGACUAGUGUGUUUCGUUCGAGCCACUGUAUGUAACUGUGAUUAGAAUAGCGAAAGUUAACAGGCGCUUCGCGUUGUGUGGUUACCAUCCGUAUGGAAAAAAUAAAAGACUAUUCAUGUACAAAAUGUAUCAGCAUAGCGAGGAUAGUACUAUACGAUUGGAAUUCUGGCCAAGGAACACUGGUCCACAAUGAUCACCAUCUUCUCUAAGUCAAUCCGGAUCCCGACGAGGCGUAAGCUUAUUGCUCCUGAAUGUUUAGCAUGGCCGACGAGAGGCCUAUGUUCUACAAGCUGGUAUCUUGGCCUCACUGCUGUGCUGCUGAUAAGACUCACCAUUCUCCAGUGAUUUGGGCAAGCCAUGAGAGUCCAGGAGUACAUUGGCAGUGUAAGUAAGUCGAAAUCUAAAAUUCAUUCAGCUGUUCAGGUAUUUAAAACGACGUUUUUUUGUUUAUUAUCUUUAGUAGCUUACGAUAUAACUAUUAUAGUUUUAUGUCCGCUGUCCGUCCGAUCCUGCCCGUUUCUAGUUGCUUGCAUUACACUGCGUUUCUAUCCUUCGACUCAACUCGCAUUUCCCUUUCGUACACAGCUCUGGCUUUUGCGAACCACUCAAAGGAUAGCUUUUAUAAUUUUCAAAUGAAGACAAAACGAAACCUUAAACUAAACUUUCCAUCUGUGCUGUUGAUUAGUUGUAAAAGCUAUUACGGCGCACAAAAUAAUAAUAUGAAAAAUGUAUGCAAU